UAAGACAAGUGCGCAGUAAAGAGUUUUUCGGCGGGUCACGUGGUUAGAGCAUGGCUUCUUGUUGUUCCCGCCCCCCUGGCUUAGUGUGACCAGCAGUGGAGAAGCAAGAAGCUGGCUGAUUAGGACUGCUUCAGCUGACGCCGGGAUAUACCACCUGAAUCCGCUCCUCAGAAACCGCCAUAAAGUUGUAAAGACGACAACUCUUGGCAAUGGCUACGGAUAGUGUUUGUGCUGUUGCCAUAUCUAGUGGUUCAGCCACUUCUGCUUCAGUUGCACCUGCAGACGCUGCUGUCUGUUGCACCACCAACACCAACACCACUGCUGCGGUUGAUAAGGACACCGAUGACACCCAGACAACACCUGAGACACCUUCGCUGACUGCAGACCUUGAUGCUGUUACUGUGGUUACUGUAGAGCCAGUCGCCGAUGUUGACAUCGAGGCAGAAGAGGCAGGAGAUGAACUGCCGACUGAAGCUUACGAUGAAGAGGACUGCAACAAGGAUGGCUCAAGUCUAAGUGAUCAGAUGUUUGUUUUCGGCUCAACAGAAUUACUUGACGACACACAGUCUUCUUGUCGUUUCAAGGUCUUGGAAUAUGACCAAUUGAUGCGACUUGUGGAAGUGAUGGAGGCAUCCAUACCAAUCCAUGGUCGUGGCAAUUUCCCUACCCUUGAUGUUAAACUGAAGGAUCUCAUCCAACUGGUUCGCCAAAAGCUGAAAUCUGAAGGGGUCCAUGUUCGAGAUAUGCGUCUAAAUGGCGGUGCUGCCAGCUAUGUCUUAGAGACAGAUACUUCUCAGACUUAUAAUGACUUGGACUUGAUAUUUGGGAUUGAUCUCUCCAACCAGAAUGAACUUCAAAAAGUGAAGAAUUGUGUUCUUGGCUGCCUCUUAGACUUUCUGCCAGCUGGCGUCAGUAAAGACAGGAUGUCCAGUUGCAGCUUGAAAGAAGCUUAUGUUCAGAAAAUGGUAAAAGUGUGCAAUGAACAUGGCGACCGUUGGAGUUUGAUAUCACUCUCGAAUAAUAAAGGUAAAAAUGUGGAGCUUAAGUUUGUGGACAAAAUGAAACGUCAGUUUGAAUUUAGUGUUGAUUCCUUUCAGAUAAUCUUGGACAGUUUGUUAACGUUCUACGAAGUUUCCAACACUCCGACCAGCGAACAUUUUUACCCAACUGUGAAAGCCGAGAGUGUGUAUGGGGACUUUUCACAAGCCUGGUUCCACUUAACUGAAAAGCUAAUUGCCACACGAAACCCAGAAGAGAUCCGGGGUGGAGGCUUGCUGAAAUAUUGUAACCUGUUAGUGAGGCGUUACACACCAGCUGGCAACGUGGACAUCCGUGCCAUGGAGCGCUACAUGUGUUCUAGGUUUUUCAUAGAUUUCAGCGACUUGUCGCAACAAAAACAGAAGCUGGAUGCUUAUCUGGCAAACCAUUUUAGUGGUGAGGAGGAUCUGAAAUAUGAAUACUUGAUGACGCUCUACCGAGUGGUUGACGACAGCACAAUCUGUUUGAUGGGCCAUGAACGAAGACAGACACUAAAUCUUAUACAUCAAUUGGCUUGUGAGAUCCUGCUAGAACAGGAACAGAAAGCACAGAGUAAAUACCUUCAACUACCACAGUUUGACAACUUAAAUAAUUUGAUUUUGGACCAAGUAUUCUAUGGACCUUACAAUAACUCCAGUGGCGGCAGUCAGUACUACAGUUAUUUACCAUUUUAUCAAGUAGGCAAUAGUUCCAUCUCCUCGUGUCCACUUUGUCCACAACCCUAUUUACAAUGUUCCUAGCCUCAUCCAAACACACACACACACACACACACACGUAUAUACAUCCUUAACCACAUUCUCUCCCUUACACACACACACACACACAUGCCCAUCCCUACACUUCACCACUUCCAUCUCUGAACCCACCCCUACCCCUAUAAUGGCAGAGCUCCAUAUCUUUUUCUUUUUUUUUUUAUGAAUUUGUUCUUAUUUGCUCAUUUCUACUUUUACUUCUCCUGCCCCACCACCACAUUAAAAAAAGAAGAAAAUGGACCCUCAGCAGGGUCUACCUCACACUUUUCACCUGGUCCCUCUGCCCCUUUUUUGUUUCACU